AUGGUCAUGGUUGAUGAACGUACGCCAUUAACAUCGGAUCUUUCCGGUCCACUUCCGCUGGUGUCAGGUCCUUCAGGAAAUGUGCAUCACCUGAAGUCACACGAAAGUGUUCGCGAACGUCAGGUUCGAACAUUCCAGUGCUGGAUAUGUUCGGCCAUCAUGGGUGCAUUCGCGCUGGCGAUCGUGAUCAGCAUUAGUUACAUCAUAUUCGGCGAUGCGACGAAGCCGCCUCUUGAUGGAGCCAAUACUACGGCGGCGGAUUUUCCUGAGCUCUUAAAUCUCAUUAGUUUCCCACUGGCCGAUGAACUACCUCCUCAGUGGAACGGUACGGAUGUGAGUGAAGAUGCGAAAGCGGCCGCAAUAGCAGAAGGCGAAAAGGCACUCGGUGAUAAGGAGUUGCUGGAGGAGACACUUUCUUCACCACCAAUUAACUCGCCCUCCUUCCGUCAUCAGAAGUCGGUCGGUGCAACGGUGGCCGCCCGGUUAGCGGCCAAGGUUGGAUUUGUCGAGGAUCGUGCUACGAAGGCACUGGUGCGAAGGCUUGACAUCCGUCACCGAGGAUCGAUUGGUCGAGGACCGGUGAUGAAUUUGCCUCGGAUGCACCGUAACCCGCAAUGUGAUUUUAACGCUCGAUACCGAUCCGCGAAUGGAACUUGCAACAAUAAGGAACAUCCGUUCGAGUAUGGAGUUGCGAUGAUACCGUUCCGGCGUCAGCUAAAUCCAGAUUAUGCUGAUGGUAUUUCUGCACCGCGUGCUUCCGUCGAUGGCGCGGAGUUGCCCAGUGCUAGACAAGUUUCGCUGGAGAUUCAUCGCCCGUCGUACCACAGCGAUCCUAACUUUAGUGUAAUGCUUGCGGUCUGGGGACAAUUUCUCGAUCAUGACAUAACUUCAACGGCAUUAAAUCAGGGUGUGGACGGGAAACCUAUCGAGUGCUGCGAUCCAGGCCAGCCACAACAUCCGGAGUGUUUUCCCGUUCCGCUGGGUCCAGGAGAUCCGUACUACCAUCAGUAUAAUGUCACCUGCAUGAAUUUUGUACGCUCCGUACCGGCACCAACGGGACAUUUCGGCCCUCGGCAACAAUUAAAUCAAGCCACUGCCUUCAUCGACGGCUCUGUUGUGUAUGGUUCGGACGAGCAACGUAUGAAGAAGCUACGGACAGGUGAAGGGGGACGGUUGCGUAUGCUACGCACACCAGAUGGCCGACAAUUGCUUCCGGUAUCGACUGAUCCGCUGGACGGUUGUAACGAGCAGGAAAUGAAUGCAGCCGGCAAAUAUUGCUUCGAAUCGGGUGAUACACGAGCCAACGAGAAUCUGCACCUUACCUCGAUGCACCUGAUCUGGGCAAGGCACCACAACAGUCUGGCCGAUGGAUUGGCCCGAGUCAACCCGCACUGGGAUGAUGAACGGUUGUUUCAGGAGGCACGACGCAUUCUUGCCGCCCAGAUGCAACACAUCACGUAUGCUGAGUUUGUGCCGGUAAUUGUCGGCAAUGAAACGGCCUCGAAGAUGGGCAUCCUGCCCGAAUCGACCGGUCGCGAUGAUACGUACAAUGGUUCGGUAGAUGCUUCGAUCGCGAAUGUGUUUGCUGGCGCUGCCUUCCGAUUUGCGCACACGCUUCUUCCUGGACUGAUGAAAAAAACGCGCAAUCCAACGUCGUCUAGCUCGGGCAUUGAGCUACACCGGAUGCUGUUUAAUCCUUACUCGCUGUAUGCGCACGAUGGGUUGGAUAAUGCGAUCGGUGGUGCCAUGAGCACGGCUCUGGGGAAAUACGAUCAAUACUUCUCCACCGAACUGACGGAGAAGUUGUUCGAGAAGGCGGACGAACAUUUGCUGCAUAAUCAUCCGUGCGGGUUAGAUUUGGUGUCGCUCAACAUUCAACGCGGACGGGAUCAUGGGCUGCCGGCCUAUCCUCGUUGGCGCAGACACUGCCAUCUUACUCCGGCGGAUAGCUGGAGCGAACUGGAGCGUAUUGUAGAUCCGGAAUCAUAUAAGCAGAUGAGGAGCAUCUAUCACGAACCGGCCAACGUGGACGUUUACUCGGGUGCUUUGAGUGAGCCGCCGGUUAAGGAUGGUAUCGUGGGACCGUUGCUAACCUGCCUGCUGGCGGAUCAAUUUUUGAGGUUGAAACAGGGUGAUUCGUUCUGGUACGAACGACGACGAGGGCCUCAAAGAUUUACUGAAGGUCAACUGCAGCAAAUUUACGAUACGAAGCUCUCAAGCAUUAUCUGCCGUAAUUCGGAUAACAUCGAGCAGUCACCGGUUCAUCUCAUGAAGCGUACCGAUUCAAAGACGAAUCCCGAAACGAACUGUAAGCAGUUGGAUACGUUCGACUUUGAACCGUUCCGUGAGGACUCGACGUCGCAGCCUAGCCAUAGAACGGCUAAAAUUGCAACCGAUCGAAUGAAGGUGCUAGUACUAGAACCAAAGUCUACCGGAACUACCACCACACGCACCACAAUGGAAACGGAUAUGGUGGAUAGAGAGAAGGCAACAGAAUUUAUCACGACGGAAACGACGACCGAGACACUUCUGACGACAACGACGAAUUCUGGAGCGUAA